CUUCGAAAGUUGACAGUAAAGUCGGCUAGAGAUGACCGGCAGAAGUAUUGGGCCGAAACGGCGACUUAUAUGGAGCAGGCUUCAAAUGUCGGUAACAUUGGAAAAUGUUACCAAAUCAUCCGCCAGGUUAGUGGUAAGCUCUCGACUUUCUGUGAUUCUGUUCGCGAUGUGAAUGGAGGUUUUAUUGCUGACAACUCGGCCAAGGUCGAUCGAUGGCAUGAACACUUCGAGUACCUUCUCAACUUUUAUGAACAACCCAUUACAAUCUCCAUCUUCACAGCGGAGUUUCCAGCCUCCCUAGCCUACACAGUGUCCUGUGACCUCCCUUCUGAAGACGAAGUUACGGAUGCAAUUCAGAGGCUGCGCAACAACAAGGCGUACGGAGAAGUUAGUAUUCUUGCAGAAAUCUACAAGUCCUGUGUCGACACCCUGUCCCUCGGCUUCAUGAGGUGA